UCGCAAGAUUUUUCAGUUCUAGUGGAGCCUUUGCGCGGGUUGGUUCAGUCACGUUUCGUCAGUACUUGAAUAAAAAACAAUUUGAUUAAAUAUUUCCGCUGUGACGUGGUUAACUACUGUGAAGAUGUCUUUGGUUCGUUUAAUUGGCGCUGAGUGCCGUUUGUUGGCUAAGCGCGGCUACGCUUCUUCUCCAGCAACUACAAAAAUGUUCAUCGAUGGCAAAUUUGUGGAGUCUCAAACCAAAGAAUGGAUCGAUUUGCACGACCCCGCUACCAAUGAGGUCAUCAGCCGCGUACCCAAGUGCACACAGAGUGAGAUGCAAGCAGCUUUGGAGUCCAACAAAAAAGCGUUCAAAUCGUGGAGCCAGCAAUCAGUGUUAUCCCGCCAGCAGGUUAUGUUCAAAUUACAAGCAUUGAUCAAAUCGAAUAUGGGUGAAUUGGCUAAGAACAUAACCAAGGAACAAGGCAAAACACUUGCCGAUGCUGAGGGUGACGUUUUACGUGGAUUACAGGUAGUUGAGCACUCUUGUAGCAUUCCCUCGUUAGCAAUGGGUGAGACUGUGGCUAACGUGGCACGCGAUAUGGAUACUUAUUCGCUUGUCUUGCCUUUGGGUGUCACUGCGGGUAUUGCACCUUUCAACUUCCCCGCCAUGAUUCCACUAUGGAUGUUCCCUGUGGCCAUUACCUGUGGUAACACCAUGCUUCUGAAGCCAUCAGAGCGAGUGCCCGGUUCGACUAUGCUGUUGAUGGAGCUGCUAAAUGAAGCUGGCUGCCCACCUGGCGUUGUUAAUGUCAUUCACGGUCAACAUGAUGUUGUCAAUUUCAUCUGCGAUGCACCCGAAAUCAAAGCCGUUUCCUUUGUCGGCUCUGAUGCUGCAGGCAAAUACAUUUAUGAGCGUGCUGGCAAAAAUGGCAAACGUGUGCAGAGCAAUAUGGGUGCCAAGAACCACGGUGUUAUUGUGGCCGACGCAAACAAGGAGAACACCUUGAACCAACUGGCUGGCGCCGCUUUUGGUGCUGCGGGUCAACGUUGCAUGGCACUUUCCACUGCUGUGUUUGUUGGCGAAGCACAGAAAUGGAUUCCAGAUUUGGUUGAGCGCGCCAAGAAAUUGAAGGUGAAUGCUGGUCAUGUGCCUGGCACUGAUGUGGGUCCAGUCAUCAGUGCACAAUCGAAGAAACGUAUUAAUGAUCUUGUUGAAUCUGGAGUAAAGGAAGGAGCUAAACUUAUUCUAGAUGGACGCAAUGUCAAGGUACCUGGCUAUGAAGCAGGUUACUUCGUUGGACCCACCAUCCUCUCUGACGUUACACCCAAUAUGGAGUGCUACAAAGAGGAAAUAUUUGGACCCGUCUUGGUAAUUUUGAAAGCCGAUACCCUGGACGAAGCUAUUCAAACCGUCAAUGCAAAUCCCUACGGCAACGGUACAGCGAUCUUCACCACUAAUGGCGCAACUGCACGCAAGUUCGUCAACGAAAUCGAUGUAGGUCAAGUAGGUGUGAACGUACCCAUACCCGUACCUCUACCCAUGUUCUCGUUCACCGGCACACGUGGCUCCUUCCGAGGGGAUCACCACUUCUAUGGCAAAAUGGGCAUCAAAUUCUACACACAAACCAAGACCGUAACUCAAUUGUGGCGCGAAACCGAUGUGACGCACACCCAGGCGGCGGUAGCCAUGCCCACGAUGAAAUAGAUCAAAAUUACAACCUAUAUAAAGUGAUAGUCCAGGACAUUCGUCUUCCUAUUUAAGAUGCCUUAGUGUCAAUGACCGGUACAUAAAUAACGAAGUUCAUAUAUUUUUGUACGCUUGAUAUUUUCAAAACAAUCCAUACAUGGAAAUGCUGCAUUUAUUUUUUUGUAUAUACUUAUUAAGAAUGUAAAGUUGCUAUGAGCUCAUUUGUUGCAUAAAUGUUAUUAAGAAAUAAAUAUAUGAAUACAUACUGAUAUUAAAAGAAUGGUUUCAUGAAAUAAGUAUUAAGGUAUUUACACGAAGGGCUCACGAAGGCUAUGAUUUCGUAGGCACAUGUACAUAUAUGGUAGUGGAAUAAACUUUCUAAGAUAUUGGGAAAUCGAUUUCUUGCUGUGA